AUGAGUUAUUUUAAACUAGAAAAAUAUCAUGAGGCGUUAGAUUAUGCAUUGAAAACAAUCAAAUUAUUAUUACAACCGAAAGAGUCAACAACAAAUACAGAGCAAUUAACAACAAAUAAUUUAUCGUUUUUAAAACAACAAACUGGUUUGAUGCAAAAAGAUGUGAAGCAAUCCACUCUUGUGGGUGAUCAAAAAGUUAUUUCAGAAACAUACAGAUUCAUUGGUGAUAUAUAUGAAAAAUUAGAUAAAAAUGAACAGGCUAUAUCAAAUUAUGAAGAUUCGUUGAAAAUAAGUGAAAAUCUUACUCCGAUAUACCAAUCUGAAACCGUAAUCACAUACACAAAAUUAGCACAAAUUUAUCGAAAAAUGAAUUGUCGUGAUGGUGAAGCAAUGAAUUAUUAUACAAAAGCACUAAAACUAUUGAGAAGACUCUAUUUAACAAUCGAUGGAUAA